AUGUCGUUUGCCAUUCGUACUGCCGAGAAUUACGUGGAGGUUCCUCUCGUGUUUAGUACUCGAACAACGUAUUCCUUUGGUGGAGUAGAUAACCAGAAUAGGAUGAGUAGUACAGUGAGAGUGUCGAAUCUGCCGGCUCAGCCCAAUACUGUGGAAACAGUGCAGCAGUUGUUUGAGAGUUUUGGUAACAUUCUUCAACUGACACAGCAUUCGUCGUCUUCGUCAUACAUCGAUGUUCAGUUUCAAGAUAUCGGCGAUGCCCAAGAGGCUGUAAAUAACAUGGAAGGGUUCGAGCUCUUUGGCAAAUACCUCCACGUGAGUAAGAUCAAAGAGAAUGACGAUUCAAAUGCGGUGCAGCACGAUAAGAAACCGGUAUGGGAGCAGGAGCAGUGA